AUGCACCAUAACGAGCUGCUUUUGCACAUCGGAAAUGCAGGUCUUGAUGUGCCUCUCAAUAGCAUUAUGCAGAUUAUACAGCUGUGCCUGCCAAGUUUUGGUUAUGAACCUCUGAGAGGGAUUAUUAAAUGCCUUGCGUUCCACGAUAUUUCACCCCAAGCUCCAACGCAUUUCCUAGUGAUUCCUAAGAAGCCAAUUGUCAGGUUAUCUGAAGCAGAAGAUUCUGAUGAAUCUCUUCUUGGGCAUUUAAUGAUUGUUGGCAAGAAGUGUGCUGCUAACCUGGGCCUGACCAAUGGAUUCCGGAUGGUUGUGAAUGAAGGGCCUGAGGGUGGUCAGUCUGUCUAUCACGUACAUCUCCAUGUUCUGGGUGGUCGUCAGCUGGGAUGGCCUCCUGGCUAAGAUUUUUACAUCACAAGAGUUAACUGCAUGCAUAUAAAUUACCACCAAAUAGAUUUAAUAUGUCACCCAUCAGUCUAGCCACUGUUAACGUAUUUUUGUUUUUUGAAUGUGUGUCUGCAAAGGGUAAUAAACGCUCUGAACAACAUUCGCACAAUAAAGAUUUAGCAUGUGGGAAUC